AUGGCGCCCAUCCUCACCUCCAAUCCCACUAUCACCCUCGUCCCCGAACCUCUCACACCUGCCAACUUCGCGCCAUUUGGCACAGCAAUCUGCUCGCCUCUACCUCGCGAAAUCAGCGUCGCUCCUCAACCAUCCUCGCUACCUCCACAUGACCCAACACCAGUCCUAGCAAACCAAAAUUCCGCCCUGAAAUAUAGCCCCAUCUCUCCCCUCAUCGACCGGUACACCAAUGGCUGCCCAAGCGGGAAACCCGCCUCCGCACGAAUGACCAUGUUCUGCUGCUUCCCUCGCAAACUGCGCACGAUCAGUGCAAGACAACAACCCGAUAACGAAGUCUUCGAUGUUCGCAUCCUCGAACGUCACCCUUUCACCAACCAGAGCUUUAUCCCCACCGAUCUGUCCAGCCAUUCCAAGGUCGGCGAUGGUGAAGAAGAGCCCGUCUUUCUGGUUGUUGUUGCGCCGACGCUCAAGGGCGAGGUAGCAACUGCAAAGAACGCGGCCGGUGAAACGAUUACGAUUCGCGAUCCCCCUGAUCUGCGCAACGUGAAGGCUUUCAUUGCGCGCGGUGGGCAGGCCGUUACGUAUGGGGUUGGUACGUGGCAUGCGCCAAUGGUGGUUCUGGGCCCGCGACGAGUUGAUUUCGUCGUGGUGCAGCAUGUUAAUGGUGUCGAUGACGAGGAUUGCCAGGAGGCUGCUUUUGGUGAGGGCAUUGUUGUUGAUCUGGGGGUGAAGGGCCAGUAUGGUCGGCCCGAGAAGACUCCUGCUCGGCUGUGGGCGAAGCUGUGA